AUGCAAUUGCUCUCCGCUAUAUUCCUAUCUGUGAGUUUGACUUCGGCUUCAGAGGUCAAACUGAUGGAAUCUUUUGACCACGACAAGAUCACCGGAACUUGGCUGGUGGCGAAACGAAAUGCCCAGCUCCUAAAGAAAUCGUACCGCUGCGUGAAGGUCGAAUUGGUCCAUGCUGGCGAGGGAAAAGAUUUCGUUAUGCACGGGAACUGGAUCGAUGAAGAGCAGACAGUGCACAACAACACGUUCAUCGUUAUCGAAGAUCAAAGCCAUCCAGCCCAGUUCGUCUUCAAGUCUGACGUUGAGAAAAUCGCGCUCUCCUUUCUGGGCUCCGACUACACUAAUUGGGCUGUGGCUUUCGGGAAAGUCCUCCUGAAAGAGUCGUACUUCGUGGCAUAUCGGAAACUUCCCGCUGACCCCGCUUUCGCUCCUGCGAUCGAAGAGGUUCUCCGUGCUAAUAAUGUCGGUCUGGAUUUUCUGACAAUCGACCAUUCGAAUUGCUGA